CUGGCUUCUCUGAACUCUGCUUCUCCAGUAGAGGAAACUUGAGGAGGAUUGGCAGUUCUAAAACCAUGGCCCAGGUGCCCUUGACAUUCAGUGAUGUUGCCAUAGACUUCUCUCAGGAGGAGUGGGAUUGCCUAGACUCAGACCAGAGGGAUUUGUACAGAGAUGUGAUGCUGGAGAAUUAUACUAACUUGGCCUCGCUGGACUUUGACUUCACAGCUGAGACCAAUAAGUUAUCUUCAGAAAAACACAGUUAUGAAGUAAAUUCAUGCCAUCGAGAGACAAUGAAAAGAAGUAAAACCUUCAACCUUUUGGGAUUUAUUUUCAGAAAUGACCCACAGAGCAGAAUUGAAUUUGAGAGACAACAGGGACCUAAAGUGGGAUGUUUUAGUCCAAUGACAUUCAGAAAACAUAUAUCCCUUCCUCUACGUCAGAGAAUUCACACUAGAGAGAAAGCCUAUGAAUGUAGGGAAUGUAGGAAGGGCUUCAGAAAAUAUUCACACCUUACUGAACAUUUGAGAGACCACAGUGGUGUGAGACCCUAUGAAUGCAAGGAAUGUGGAAAGGCGUUUAUAGUUCUUCAGCAUUUUAUAAGACAUAAAAAAGUUCACACCGAUUUGAAGCCCUAUGAAUGUAAUGGAUGUGAGAAGGCCUUUCGGUUUUAUUCCCAGCUGAUUCAACAUCAGAUAAUUCAUACAGGUGUAAAACCCUAUGAAUGUAAGCAAUGUGGGAAGGCCUUUAGACGCCAUUCUCACCUUACUGAACAUCAGAAAAUUCACAUUGGUUUGAAACCCUAUGAAUGUAAAGAAUGUGGGGAAACUUUUAGGUUGUACCGACAUAUGUGUCUACAUCAGAAAAUUCAUCAUGGUGUGAAACCCUAUAUAUGUAAGGAAUGUGGGAAGGCCUUUGGUCAUCGUUCAAGUCUUUAUCAACAUAAGAAAAUUCAUUCUGGUGAGAAACCCUAUAAAUGUAAACAAUGUGGAAAGGCCUUUGUUCGCAGCUAUCUACUUAUUGAACAUCAGAGAAGCCAUACGGGUGAGAAGCCUCAUGAAUGUAAGGACUGUGGAAAGGCCUUUAGUAGGGGCUCAAGCCUUCUUAAACAUAAGAGGAUUCAUAGUAGUGAGAAACUCUACGAUUGUAAGGAAUGCGGGAAGGCCUUCUGUAGAGGCUCUCAACUUACGCAACACCAGAGAAUUCAUACUGGUGAGAAGCCACAUGAAUGCAAAGAAUGUGGGAAGACUUUUAAACUUCAUUCAUACCUUAUUCAACAUCAGAUAAUUCAUACUGAUUUGAAACCAUAUGAAUGUAAACAAUGUGGGAAAGCCUUCAGUCGCGUUGGAGACCUUAAAACACAUCAGUCAAUUCACGCUGGGGAGAAACCCUAUGAAUGUAAGGAAUGUGGGAAAACCUUUAGACUUAAUUCUCAACUAAUUUAUCAUCAGACGAUUCAUACUGGUUUGAAACCAUAUAUAUGUAAAGAAUGUAAGAAGGCCUUUCGUUCUAUCUCAGGUCUUUCUCAACAUAAGAGAAUUCAUACCGGUGAAAAACCCUAUGAAUGUAAAGAAUGUGGUAAGGCCUUUAAUCGUAGUGAUCGACUUACUCAACAUCAGAGAAUUCAUACUGGUGUAAAACCACACAAAUGUAAGGAAUGCGGGAAGGCCUUUACUCGUUGCUAUCAACUUACUCAACAUCAAAGAUUUCACAGUGGUGAGAAACUCUUAAUAUAGUGAGAGUUGGCAAGCCUUUAGCCAUGGCACAUCCUUUACCAUUAUCACUGUUUUACCACCUAAUGAUGUUAUGGUAAAGAUAAAAUUAUUUAACAUAAAAUAUAAACGUUUGGAAGGGCAUCUGGCACACAGUAUUUGCUUACUAAAUAUUGUUAUUUUUUAUGAUAAUCAUUAGUGUUACUAUGAAUAAAU